UCCGCCCCCUCCUUUUUAAAUUUUUUAAAUUUUUUUUUGCAAGGAUUCCGAGAGCUAAGGUGGCUGCAAAGGGGAGAGCGGCGCGAGCCAAGUGGGGGAGGGUGGAGGAAACCCGGGAGAAGGCUUUCUCCAGCCCCCAAAGUUUUGAUGAUGACCAUGACUACGAUGGCUGACGGCUUGGAAGGCCAGGACUCGUCCAAAUCCGCCUUCAUGGAGUUCGGGCAGCAGCAGCAGCAACAACAGCAGCAGCAGCAGCAGCAGCAACAGCAACAGCAGCAGCCGCCGCCGCCGCCACCGCCGCCACCGCCGCAGCCGCACUCGCAGCAGACCUCCCCGGCCAUGGCAGGCGCGCAUUACCCUCUGCAUUGCUUGCACUCGGCCGCGGCGGCGGCGGCGGCGGCCGGCUCCCAUCAUCACCACCACCAGCACCACCACCACGGCUCGCCCUACGCGUCGGGCGGAGGCAACUCCUACAACCACCGAUCUCUCGCCGCCUACCCCUACAUGAGCCACUCGCAGCACAGCCCUUACCUCCAGUCCUACCACAACAGCAGCGCGGCCGCCCAGACGCGCGGGGACGACACAGAUCAACAAAAAACUACAGUGAUUGAAAACGGGGAAAUCAGGUUCAACGGAAAGGGGAAAAAGAUUCGGAAGCCUCGGACCAUUUAUUCCAGCCUGCAGCUCCAGGCUUUAAACCAUCGCUUCCAGCAGACUCAAUACCUGGCCCUUCCCGAGAGAGCCGAACUGGCAGCUUCCUUAGGACUGACACAAACACAGGUGAAGAUAUGGUUUCAGAAUAAACGCUCUAAGUUUAAGAAAUUGCUGAAGCAGGGAAGUAACCCCCAUGAGAGUGACCCUCUCCCAGGUUCAGCAGCCCUGUCACCUCGCUCGCCAGCACUUCCUCCAGUGUGGGACGUUUCUGCCUCCACCAAGGGCGUUAGUAUGCCUCCCAACAGCUACAUGCCUGGCUACUCGCACUGGUAUUCCUCACCACACCAGGACACCAUGCAGAGACCACAAAUGAUGUGACUGCUGAAUGGAUGGCCUCCGGGACUUCCCAGAGAAGCUCUGAGAACCCAGGACUCACCUGCAUCUGCCAAACAGCCUAAGCAACAAGCUCAGAGGAACUGUCCCUGAG